CGGUUGGAAUUAGAGUUAGAGUAUUUCAGAUUUGUUGGAUGACUCUAUUGGAGCUCUGGCAUUGCUAUCAUAGACCAGAAGCAUCACAAACUCCGGCAACCCCACUUGAUUCCCACCCUAGCAGUACGCCGGGCUUAAAUCGUUAUUUCCGCUGCGAACCGUUUGCUAGUGGCGCCCCUCGUUUAUUCUGAUGCUGGGAAGUAAUCGUUUCCGGCAUCGUCUCCUACAGUCACGACAUUCGCGAUUGAACGCUUCAGUGGUAAGCCCCUCCCCACCAUCGUGAGAGAUAUCCCUGCUCUAAUUUAGGCAACGUUUGCGUCCAAUCAAUCCAACUUUCAAUGAUCAUCACAGCUAGGUGUGACGGAAGUACGCUGAAACUGGUCACAUCCGGUGGUAGGGUGACACAAUAAACUUAAUGCGCUGAUAUUAAAUAGUCAAUCAAGCUAGGCGUUAAAUUAACCAAAAAAUGGAUGACCUUGAUUGUACCGUAUCACUAUUAUUCCGAGCUCCCCCAAUGCUACUCGGUAUAUGUUAUGAAGCGCACGCUGAUAAAUACCCUUUCGUUGCUACAAAACGACAGCUUUGUCUAUGUAAUGCACGCCUCCGUAUUUAUGUGCCGGAAUUGUAAGUGGGUUUGUUUUUUUUUUUCUUCAGAAGAAAUACAUCUCGCAUUUCUGCAUCCCGGAACGGAUUGCAGUUUGUUUUGUUUUGGUUUUUGCAUCUCUCCGUCCACUAAACAUCUCCUCUCUUUGUUUCGAUCGUGAACCGCAUGGCACAGACGGGGAUGCAACUCGGCUUCAACAUGCUGGCCUGUAGUCUGGGCGGGAGUUAACAAACGCACUGGUACGAUAGUGCAGCCACAUUUCCUAAUCAGCCGUCGAAGGGACUGGUGCUCUAGUGUUUGGGAAGCGGCGGUUGAACAUUGGAGUUAAAGUGAUUUUGUUCAACAACAAAACAAAGCUGUACUUCUAGCCUGAGGUAGCUUUGCAGGCAGUGAACAUGUGUCUACUGUUUUUAAUACUGCUGAUGGUUGUGUACUAUUCUGUGUCCGGUAAUUUGGAGGAUUUGCACACGGUGCCGCAAACCAUCACCGUGCGAAAGCGUGCGAAACCAAACCAAGAGAAAAAAUCCCGUUUUUAAGCGCCCUUGUAAUGAAGGACACCACUGUAUCGCCGCCUGCAUCGGUCAGCAAUACACACUUCCACCAGUACCAUCAUCCAUAGCCACCCUUUAGCGUACGGCUCUGGAUGGAGCAGAGGAUGAAACACUUUACCAGUCGUUGCUUGGGUUGCUUCACCUGGCAGGAGCGGCAGGACCCCGGCUCGGCCCCGAACGAGCCCGUUUACAUUCCACUGCUCGUCCCACUGCCGCUACACACCCUGCAGCGCGUCCAGCUGCCGGCCGGACCCCCGGACGACGGCCAGUCCGCCAGCGAUCGGAAGCGCUGGUGGACGUUCAGCCAGUUUGUGACGCACGAGCAGAACUAUCUGGACGCGCUGCACAAACUGCAAUACGAACUGUACAACCCGCUGCUGGUGGACGAUGCCAUCGUCGAUCGGAACGUUUCGUACGCCAUCUUCGGCACCCAUCGGCAGAUCUGCCGGCUGCACCAGUUUCUGCAGCCGCUGUUGGAGCGAUGCGUGCACCAGUGGGACGAGCGGAAUCGCUCGAUUGGCUGGCUGGUGUGGGCAAUCGUUGGCCAGCCGGCCCUGCUGCCCCUUUAUCGAUCCUUCGCCAACGGCUACCCGGACGCGGUCGGACGCUUCGCGCACGAAAUGACGCGCAACUUCCUCUUCUCCUGGUUUGUCACCGGCCGGCUGCGCGGGCUGGGCGAGCGGCUCAGCUUCAGCGAUUACUUCAUCGCGCCGGUGCAGCGGCUGCCCCAGCUCGUGCUGGAACUGCGCGAGCUGUGCGAGGCCACGCCCGCGUCCGACCCGGACCGGGCGGUUCUGGAGCGGUGCGUCCAGCGGGCGGUCUACCUUGCCGAGCAGCUGAACGUGGCGCGCGAACGGGCCGACCUGAUUCAGCGGGUGGCGGCUGGCGAUGGGCGCAGGUGCCAGUUCCUGCACAGCGAGCUGCUGGAGGAGACUGACGUCGAUGGCCGGCCUUCCUUCACCCGGUGGCGGCUGGUCGUGCUGCUCAGCGAUCGGUUAGUGGGUGUCGAUCCGGCGCAAGGCGAUUUGGAGUGGGCAAUACCGCUGCAGGAGCUGCAGGUGGACAGUCGACCGACGGACGGGUCCGUUUGCUCGCACGACACUUUCGGGUAUGUACGCGACUUCCAAACCGUAACGCAGAUGCGGGAGCUGGUGUGCACGUUCUACCAUCAGCAGCCGACGCUCGGCGAGGGAGUUCUUGCCGAGAUACUGGAUACGAUCUGGUCCGUCGUGCUGCCGGCCAAGCAAACGGACCGGGAAGCGACCUCACUGCAGGUGCGAGGAGCGUCCGGCAAACGGCACAACCUGAAGACGGGCGAUGCCGCCAGGAAACAGGAAUGGCUCGACUGGAUACGGCUGGCCCGGCUGGCACUUCAUCCCAUCAACGCCCCUGCCUGGUGGGCCGGCGCCGCACACCUCCCGCAGGAGGCACCGCUCGAGCGACCCCUCCUUGUGCGCACGUUCCGGGCCGGCGACGGUCGCGGUGUCUGGAGCGUAUCGGGCGGCUGCUGUUACGUGCCGCGCACCGACUCGCCCGCCUACACGAACGAGCUGUACCGCGCGUGGUCCACCGGGAAGCACAUCCUGUGGAUCGGCAGCAGCCGAGCGGCUGACGGGGUCGGAGAUGGCAGCAGCCGCAUCUCGCUGUACACGCACGACCGCACGACGCACGCGGUGGACGAGCGGGCGUGCUUCACGCUGCCGCACGCGCAGGUCACCUGCCUCGAGCACGUGCCCGCCGGCUCGGUGGGCGACGUGCCGCCCGAUACGGUGUGGAUCGGCACGCGCCGCAAGCUGCUCAUCUACUCGGCCACGCUGCCGCUGGUGGGCGCCCGGUUGGGCCAGCUGCGCGUCAAGGGCACGCCCAACCGGCUGCUGUACAGUGCGCGCCGGCUGCUGCUCGGUACCGGCACCGGGCGGCUCCUGAUCUUCUCCAUCCGGCCGGACGGCGUUUGGGACCUGCGCACACCGCAACAGCUUUGCCUGCACGGUGGCUCGGUCGAGGCGAUGGUUCCACAUCGAUCGCUCGUCUAUCUGGCGGCCGGUACGCGGCUGCACGUGUUCGACAGCGUCGCUGGGCUGGUGGUGCAAUCGGUCCGCUCGCCCGCCACGACUCCGGCCGACCGGCAAGCGAUCGUGCUGCUCCGGUGCACCAUCCACGGCCUGUGGAUUGUGCGGCAUCGGUCGAGCGCGAUCUCGCUGUACCAUGCGCGCUGCUUCAAGCAUCUUCUGGACGUGGACGUGCGGGAGCUUGCCGGGCCGGUUCUUGCCAACUUCCAGCUGUCGGUCACAUCGCUCGCGAUUGCGGACGAUCGGCUGCUGUGGAUGGGCACGAACGCCGGUGUGGUGCUGUCGAUGCAACUGCCCGCCCAUGCCAGCGUGCCCAUCAGACCCGACCUGCACGGAGUAGCCCGCCAUGGACAUCUGCGCGAUGUGAGCCUGAUCCUGCCGAUGCCCUCGCUACGGAUGCGGUCAGCCGAACGGGUUGACACGGUCCUGGAUCCCGCACUGAUAGACCUCCUGUAUGGGGGCACCAGAAACGGCGCUCGCGACUUCGUCGUGCGCAGUGUGGGCGUUCAGGUCGAGCAGAUUGGCUACAUUGACACAGGCAGCGAAGGGAGUCGUUGCGAUCAAAGCCCAGCCUCGGGGGAAGAGGAGGAGUCGUGGAGUCGGGAAGAGCGCGAAGCGACCUGGGCUCCCAACUCCACGCUGAUCGUUACUGGCGGGCAAGGAUACGGGCGAUGGUACCCCAAGACGACGGAUACGUCAGGCCUCGGCGCGUCUACUGACUGGAGGAGAGAACCGAUCGAUGAGCAAGAGAAUCUAAUUCUGUGGGAGAUGCGACUGACUUAAGGGGCGCAUUCCAAUGUUGAGCGCAUGCUCGCUGUUGCUUGAUGUCACUGUAGGCUUUAAUCCUUUUCACUGACUAACUCAUCCAACUCCAUAGCUGUGAUUAGGCACAACUGCUACUAAGCCUGUGUGCCAUUUUCAUAUCCCCAACUGCUGAAUGUCUAAUGAUGGGAACAGAUGACGAUUUCUGGAAUUGAUUCCGGAUAGCAUGUUCGGAAUCAGCGUCUGGAAUUGGUUGCGGAAUCGGCUUCAAAAUCAGAUCCGGAAUCGGAGUCGAUUUCGGCAUCUCCAUGAGUGUAGGCGUUUGGGUCCUAUGCUGCUACGAUUGUAUUGAUAGCCGCAAAGAAGCCAAAUUUGCUCGUAAACGAUCCAUUCUGAUGGAGAUUCCGAAACUGAUAUUACUUCUGAAACAUCUGAAUUCAAUUCCAGAACUGAAUUCUGAAUCUGAUUCCUGAGUUAAUUCUGAUGCCAGAAUCGGAGUCGACUCCGGAAUCAGCUACGGAAUAAUGCCCGAAAUCAGCUUCGCAAUUAACCCCGGAAUAGGCUCCGGAAUCGAUUCCAGAAUUGGAAUCGGCUCGGGAAUUGAUUCCGUACGCGGAGUUCCGAUAGUGACCUCCCACCAUUAGUCGGAAUGAGUAGUGGCAAGAUCUCCAAUGGUUGGCUAGAUAGUAGUAAAUACAUGUUUAACAUAGAGCAUAUAUAAUUCAGAAUGCUUAAUAUGAUGCACUAUUUGUACGACAAACUUCAGUAACUUGGCAUAUCGCAAUAAGGGUCUACUUGUAGAAGCCUACGUUGUACCUAAUAACAAGAUGUAACACACUACUAAUGUCUAUGCAAUGCCAUUUCUAUACUCCACUGGUAAUGAUUGAUGUGACUAAUAAAACCAUCCAUGUAGUGUUAGCGGAUCUAACACCUGUUUGUAGAGUUGAUAACACUACCACGAUCUAACCUUCAGGAAAGCGACGAACCCGAUUGGAUUUAAAUAAUGUUUUUGGCAAGUUUUCUUCUUUGCAGAGCCCGAGGACGCGCAGGAAGAAUUUGGUGAUGGAAAUAAUCCCCCCAGUUGGAAGUCUUUCAUCUCCAGCAGUUCCUUUCUGUGUCUGUGUGUGUGAUUGCGUCUGUGUGUCUGUGUGUGUGCUCGUGUUUUUUAGAAGUUGCUUUCCCCGUCGGGGCGUGUAAACUGCGACAGCAAACUUUUUUCUUUACCAGAGUUCACACCGUAAUCACCUGUUCCUUUUUCCAUCUCGACAGGGCGUAUUCAUCUUCAACAUCGUGCAGUGGACACCGAUCAAGUACCUCGGCUACUCGUACCCGCUGUGGGCCCACGCGUUCGGCUGGUUCACCGCCCUGUCGUCCAUGCUGUGCAUCCCGGGCUACAUGAUCUGGCUGUGGAGAAACACCCCCGGCGAUCGCGCUAACAAAAUUCGACUGAUCGUUCGAAUCGAGGACAGCGUGAGCCAGCUGCGGGAGAGAAUGCAGGCCGACGCCGAGAAGGGCAUGGAGCUGUAAAGAUGCAAUCCCCUCCUCCCCUACUUCCCACACCCCUCCCCAACGCAGGCCAUCGCUGGACAAACGGGGCUACCCUACUGCUAAAGCGACGAACAAAUGCUAAUUAUAAUAAUCAUGCAGCACUCUCACUAUCACAGCACCCCCAAACAGUAUGGUCACAUUAAAAUCCCUUUACCAAAGUAAACCCAUUUAGUAGUAACGUUAAGUUGCGCAUUGCGCCCUAUUCCCUAGUGCUUCUGAGACCCUUGUGCGUUGGAGUUGGGGCACAACUACCACUACCGCCUACCGCAAGAUUCAAGACAGCAACACUAACUAGUAUGAAGUAAAACCAGAGAGCGAGAGAAAAGAAUUGACAAACCUGUCGCAUUCUCUCUCUGUCUUUUGUGCACUAAGGUUAGGGUUAGUGAAGGUCGUUAAUAUAUUGUAGUACAGUUGGCUCCGCACGCUUACGAACGCUUACCGCUACCAACGACGGGCGUGGCUGAAGACCAUUGAGCAGUAUACUCUCAUCCACCAUUGAGACAAUAGACACUACAGUGUAGGGAAUUCCGACCUGAAUUGAUCCAUACAACGCAUAAAACUUUCUCCAUUGUUGAAUAGGCAUGAAACUGUUAUACAGCAGUAUCAGCUGUUAUAUCUUCCCCAACUACUAAGCGCCACAACCACAACAAAAACAAGGACAACAAAAAAUAAAUAAUAAACUGCAGCAAACGACACACUAAGUUUACGAAACAACA